AAUACAAUAGUCAAUGCUAGUGUCUCGAAUUCGAUCUAGCGAGAGAGAGGGAGGCUGAGAGGGACGAGUGGAAGAACCGGUCUGCAUCGCCGCUCCUCAGGAACAGUUGGAAUUCCACGACUGAGUGAAAUCUACCCGCGUAUAGACAAAAACCACAUCGGAUUAGAUUGGAGUGUCGGAGAGACGGAGACUUGAGCAAAGUUCCGAACAUUGAGGGACGCCGUCUGAUUCUUGUGUAGAUCAGAUCCACCCACAGCCCUGAUGGAAGCAGACAACGGAGGGACCAAUUCUAGUCAUGCUUCAAAACAACGCUUGCGUUGGACCCAUGAGCUACAUGAACGCUUCGUUGAUUCCGUUGCUCAACUUGGUGGCCCUGAUCGAGCUACACCUAAAGGCGUUCUUAGAGUGAUGGGUGUACAAGGGUUAACUAUAUAUCAUGUCAAGAGUCACUUGCAGAAAUAUCGACUUGCAAAGUAUCUGCCAGAUUCUUCUUCAGAAGGGAAGAAAACUGAUAAGAAAGAAUCUGGAGAUGUGCUCUCUGGGUUGGACGGUUCAUCGGGAAUGCAGAUAACUGAAGCCCUCAAGUUGCAGAUGGAGGUUCAGAAACGAUUGCACGAGCAACUAGAAGUGCAAAGACAGCUGCAACUACGGAUAGAAGCCCAAGGGAAGUACUUGAAGAAGAUAAUUGAAGAGCAACAGCGACUCAGCGGAGCUCUUGGCGAGCCCUCUGGCCCAGUUACUGGCGAAUCAGAUCCUGCGACACCUGCUCCAACAUCCGAGUCUCCCUUACAAGAUAAAUCUGGCAAGGACUGUGGACCAGACAAAAGCCUUUCAGUUGACGAGUCUCUUUCACCUUACCGGGAGCCAUUGACUCCAGACUCAGGGUGUAACGCUGGUUCUCAAGACGAGAGCGCAGGUGAAGAGAGGUCAUCAAAGAAGCCUAGAUUGGUGAGAGGAGGUGCAGCUGGUUAUACACCUGAGAUGGUAGUGGCGCACCCAAUACUAGAAUCAGGCUUGAACGCUUCUUACCAUCAGCCAGACCAUGCUCUCGCCUUUGACCAUCCAUCUACAUCACUGCUUGGGACUCGAGACAAGGUUUCAGGCGACGAUCUAUGAGUUGUGUAUCAGGUGGCAUCUAUAGUUAAGUGUAUCACAUGUAGUUUUGCUUGUCUAUCCUUAUUCCUAUUAGUUAGGAGUUUCCUCUUAGUGAGGUGAUCACAACUCUCUAAUUAUAGACACUGCCACUAUAGCAUGAACAAUGAAUAUAUGUCUUCUUGUGCUGUAAUUUGAUAAAAAUACAAAACAAAUGUACUUUCUUAUUCCCAACAUAGUGAAGAUUCUUGUGAAACU